GCUGUGCUGUCAAAUGCGUAAACAAAAAAAAUUGGUUGCCCGCGAAAAAUGCUGUCCAAGCAAAACAAAUUUUUAGCAGCUGCUCGCCGUUUAAUGUGUUUUCCGUAUUUUUGAAUUUUCUUAAUAUAAUAAGUUUUAAUUAAAAAUGAGUACUUCCAAAACAGGGCGACCACGCCGCACUAGCGCCAGAUUAAGUAGCACGGAAGAUGUAUUGACAGUGACAGCAGAAGAUUCGGAUGAUGAAAAACAAGCAGCUAUGGCACGCCAACCUCGCAGGUCAAGCCGCAAGGUAAGCCCACACAAGAAAUAUGCCGAUUAUGUGUCUAUAGGCAGCAAACAACGCAAGCGGCGACAGGUGGGCUAUGAGGAGACGGAUGAGGAUACUGAAUCGGAAGAUGAGAACUACGUGCCACCGUCGACAAAGCGACCGGAUAUUGCUGACAUACAGCUGUUGCAAGAUGAAGAGGAGGUGGCGGGAAAGAAUAUGUACGGAUUCCAUACGCCAAAGAAACGAAAUGGUAUGGCAUUGGCAGCCAUGAACACACCGAAAACACCAAAAACUCCAAAGACGCCAAUGACACCGAAGACUCCAAAGACAUCACGUCUUUCCACAUCACAGCCACAAGCAAAAACACCCGUUACAAAGCGGCGAAAAUCGACGGCCGAACCAAAGACACCGUCACAUCUACGACAACGCGUUAAAAAUCAAAUCGCUAAACUAAUGGAUUCCGAUUCGGACUUCUCGGCGAGUGGCAGCGACUUCGUUCCCACAGAUAGUGAUAGUAGCAGCUCAUCUAGUAGUGAUGAUGAUGAAGAUACCGCUGCGGAUGGUGGCGAUGAUGAGCCAAAAACGCCACAUAAGAGUCGCCGACCUAUUGUAGUACCAGUGUUGCCCAAGACGCCUUCUGCGGCGCGUGCGCGUCAGGCGGCGCGCGCUAAGAAAUCCUCCAAAUCCUCCGUAGACUAUGUACCUGAAAGUGAUGGAUAUUUUCAAGCACAUGCCAGCACUAAAAUACUUACCUCCGAUCACACACUCGAUCGCCUUAAAAAUCCACGACUACCUGCGGAUCGCCUUUUCAGUUUGCUUAACGAAAUGAAGCCCUCUGCUGAGCACGAGGAAGCCAUAGGCGCUAUGAUGGAGGAGUAUCGUUCAUAUUUUCCGAAAUGGUUGUGCAUACUACACGAAGGCUUCAAUUUGCUACUAUACGGAUUGGGUUCAAAGCGUCAGCUUCUGCAAGCAUUUCACCGCGAGGUUCUCGCCGAGCAAACAGUAUUGGUGGUUAAUGGUUUCUUUCCCAGUUUAACGUUGAAAGAUAUAUUGGAUAGUAUUGUUGGUGAAAUAUUGGACGGCGGUGGUACUGCUAGUCCUUCAAAUUCCCAUGAGGCGGUUGAUUUAAUUGAAGAAGAGCUCUCGUAUGCGCCACAAAUGCACAUAUAUUUGAUUGUGCAUAAUUUGGAUGGCAGCAUGCUGAGGAAUACGAAAGCGCAGGCGAUUAUAGCGCGUUUGGCCAGUUUACGCCAAGUACAUCUACUGGCGUCCAUUGAUUACAUCAACACACCGCUAUUAUGGGAUCACACGAGGCUAAGUAAUUUCAAUUUCUCUUGGUGGGACUGCACUACAAUGCUGCCCUACAGCGAUGAAACUGCCUACGAAAACUCGCUGCUGGUACAAAACUCUGGUGAAUUAGCAUUGUCAUCUAUGCGCAGCGUUUUCUCCUCGUUGACCACAAAUACGCGUGGCAUUUACAUGCUCAUUGUUAAGAAUCAGCUGAAAAACAAAGGCAAUCCCAACUUUCAAGGCAUAUCCUUCAAGGAUUUGUAUUGGAGUUGCCGCGAGGCUUUUCUUGUCAGUUCCGAUUUGGCUUUACGCGCUCAACUCACUGAAUUUCUUGAUCAUAAAUUGGUGAAAUCGAAACGUAACAUAGAUGGCUCUGAAUUGUUGAGCAUACCAAUUGAUGCGGCGCUAUUGCAGCAAUUUUUGGAUGAGCAAGAAAAGAAGACGUAAAUUAAAUUGGUAGAAAUUUCGAGAAAUUUUACCAAUACAAAGAGUACAAAAAUUACGUGGCAUUUCGAAUACAUAUGUAAUUGGAUGUGUUCUGCAGUGAACUUUGCUUAUCGUAACACGAAAA